AGGAAAAGCUGUUCUUCCUCCCCUGGAAGGCCACAGCGCCGCUCUCCAGCCUCCGUGAUUUAUGUGUGACUCGGAGCAGAAUGGAUCGCUAUCGAUACUUCAUCUUCAACCAGAGGAACAUGGUGGUGCUGGGGAUGUUCCAGAUAGCCCUCAGCACGGUGUGCGUCGUCAGCGGGUUCAUAGAUGGCAUUUUCAGAACAGAGUCUCAGCUGGGCAGAACCAGAGCUCCAAUUUGGGCUGGGAUGGUGAUGGGAGUCCCAGGCGUGCUGGCUUUGUUCUCCUCUCAGAGGAAGAAUCCAAUCCUUGUGAAUGUACUGAUAGGUGCUUCCAUAAUCUCUUGUGUUGCCAUCCUCAUCGUAAUAGGUUAUAGCUCCUUCACACUGAACUAUGGUGAAGAGGAGGAGCUGAGUUCUGCCCCAGUCCAUGUUAUCCAUACUAGGUUCAUACUCAGUAAGGUGGUCAAGGGUGCUAACAUAGCCAUGCUGGCUGCAUCUAUCUGCAGUGCCUUUGUUGUGCUGGCCAUGGCUUACUUGGGGUGCCGGAGCCUUCCACGCUGCUCCUGCUACGACAGCGUGACUGGGAUGGAAUGGUUGCAGCCUACUGAGGACCAAAAUCAGGCUGUGGAAAUGGUUUGUGCUGUACAAAGCUCUGGGGGCAGAAUUUUUAGCUUCCCAGAUCGGUUUCCAGCCCAGGAUGUGGAAGCAGAGGAAGACACAUCCAAACCUCCACCAUACACCAGACUGACUUGAGAAAGUGGUUGAACAUUUUGUUCAAACAUGGCAAGAGAGAUGUAACAAGGUCUUAAUCUUUAAAGAUGGUUAUGCACUUUUCCUUGGCCUCUUGAAAAACACACACAGGAAGAGAGAAGUAUUGAAUGCCAAACAUUCAGCAGAGACCACAGUGCAGAGGAGAAGAUCUGCAGGUGGUUUUGGACAUUCAGACUUUGUAUGGUUAAAAUACCUCAUUGCCUCUGGAAAGCGUGAGCAUUUUUUUCCUCUGGCUUUUGUACUGAAAUCAUGUUUUAUUUCACUAGAACUCAUCAUGCAAUUUGUGUAGCACUGCUAGCCUUAGGUAUUUAAAUAUUAAAUACAACUGAAUGUUUUUCAAGUGCUGUCUCAAUUUCUCCCUCUUACUGAGUGAAUUAUUUGGAUGAUACAAUACCUGGAGAAGAAUAAUGAAGGACCCACUUCAACCCUGAGCUUCAGAGCAUUUUCCUUUUCUUCUUAGUAGUAGUAGGGGCAGGUAAAGUUUUUGAUAUGAAGCCUUGACAAUGCCAUUCAGGUAACUCUGUCAGAAUGUGGAUUCUGAGAGGUGUACAUGUGUCACUACAAUUAGUUUAAUGCUGAAGUGUAAUGCUAGAGUGUGGUAGGAACUGGAGCUGCAGUAGCUCCUCUUACAGAGUCACAAAUACUCUGAAUUCAGUUCAGGUUUUUCUGUUUCGACUUUGGAGACUGAAAGUUUAAAAUAAAUGCUUAUUUUGAAAAAUUAGUUUUCAAACCCAAAGGUAUUUAGCUUCAAUCUACCUAUAAAUGACUAGGAAUGAGUGCCUGCUUUUAGAGGUUCUCUAAUUACAUACUUUUUCUUUUCAGUUAAGGUAAUAUGAGAUUAAAUUAAUAUUUAGAAUCUUAUGACU